CCCAUGGACGCUGUGUUGAACUGCAGCCCAGGGGACUUGGAAGAUUAUUACCACUUGCUGGGAUGUGAUGAGCUGUCCACGGUUGAACAAAUUCUUGCAGAAUUUAAGGUUAAGGCCCUUGAAUGUCAUCCUGACAAACAUCUCGGAGACCCCAAAGCAGUGGCAAGUUUUCAGAAGCUGCAGCAAGCCAAGGAGAUCCUCGCUAAUGAGGAGAGUCGAGCUCGCUAUGAUUACUGGCGGAGGAGCAAAAUCACCAUUCCCUUCCAGCAGUGGGAGGCCCUCAGCAAUUCCAUGAAGACGUCAAUGCAUUGGGCUGUCCAAGGAAAGAAGGACCAGAUGCUGGAAGCUCCUGUGAAUAACAGCAACAACAUAACCAGUGAGAUUUGGACCUCACAGAUUGAAAACAGUGAGGAUGGAUUGUCAGAUGGGAUCAGGGAGCAAGGAGAUGUCGCAAUUCCUGAUGCGAAACCUCUGUCCUCAAAGAAUCCGGACUCCCCAAGAUUUUCAGAGGGAAAUUACUGGCACUUGCGUUUCCGCUGGUCAGGAGACGCUCCAUCAGAGCUGCUGAGGAAGUUCAGAAACUAUGAAAUCUAA